UGGGCGGCAUCCGCACGCACCCACCCCAAAAUAUAAUUUACUUUCCUUUUAACUCCCGUUUUUUGGUUCCCGUUUUAAUACUUUGAUACUGAUACAUAUAGUGAUAUAAUAUAAUAUACGAGUAAUAUAUUAUGACGAGGAAGAUAAUGAUGAUCUUGAUUUUUUGGUAAUGCUACUGCAACAGCCAAAUGCAAGAAUAAAUGGCUACAGUGUCACUUGCAGAUGUUGCCUUCAGGAAUCUUCCACGCCACCCAUUUGUUUUGCCAGGCAUUGGUGUAUCUGAUUUGUAUGUCCGCCCCAAGAAAUAUUCCCUGACCUGUAGAAAACACCCCGAUAGUAAAAGAAAGUUAUUACAGAAAAGUGACGUCUCUUCAAACUUUAGGGCUGCAGUGUGCUGUAGUCUGGGAGAGUCUGGUGAGGCUUCUUCGAUAGAUAUUGUCCGUGAUGAAGUCAAUGAAGAUGAGUUGAUGGCAGCUAGAAAUGCACUUUAUGAGGCACAAUCCAGACAAGAAGCCUUACAAAAGGAGAGAGAUCAGUUACUUAAGGAGUUGACUAAACAAAACGAAGUUUUGUCACUAAUAACACAUGAGAAGAAAAUGGCUAUAACAGAACUCGAGGUAGGAGUAGAUAAAGAUGCAAUAGCUGUCAAUGGUGGACGGUUAGCCCUUUUAAUUGAUGAUGAUUCUCAGAAAGUAAAAUUGCUUAAUGAUGGCCCUCGUAGAGAGAUACCAGACUGGAUGGCACGAAGAAUAGGUUCUGUUCGUGUUAAGUUUCCUCCCAGAAAGAUUAAUGUUUCUGAAGCAAAUACAUCCACAUUUAAAUCUCUGGAAUUGCCUAAGCCUGCUGAAGUAUGGUCAAUUGCCGAAGCAAAGCCAAAGGAUGGGGACAUUGUAAUUGAUAAAGAGGUUAUCGAAAAGAAACGGAAGGCUUUAGAACGUGCUUUGCAGCGUAAAACUGUUCAAUGGCAGAAGACCCCAGAAGAAAUAAGAUUAGAGCCAGGAACUGGCACAGGACACGAGAUUGUGUUUCAAGGUUUUAAUUGGGAAAGCUGUAGAAAAAAGUGGUACAUGGAUCUGGCUCCAAAAGCUGCUGAUUUGUCUCGCUGUGGAAUAACAGCAGUGUGGUUACCUCCACCAACAGAAUCUGUUGCUCCACAAGGGUAUAUGCCUUCUGAUCUCUACAACUUAAACUCCGCAUAUGGAACCCAGGAGGAGCUGAAGCAUUGCAUACAGGAGAUGCAUAACCAACAUCUUUUGGCCUUGGGAGAUGUUGUGCUCAAUCAUCGCUGUGCUCAUAAACAGAGUGAGAAUGGGGUAUGGAACAUUUUUGGUGGCAAGCUUGCCUGGGGACCUGAAGCAAUUGUCAGUGAUGAUCCAAAUUUUCAAGGUCGUGGAAAUACUUCAAGUGGCGACAUCUUUCAUGCAGCACCGAACAUUGAUCAUUCACAGGACUUUGUAAGAGAGGAUGUAAAACAGUGGCUGAACUGGCUCCGAAACAAUAUUGGUUAUGAUGGGUGGCGCCUUGACUUUGUGAGGGGCUUCUCGGGUGAAUACGUGAAAGAAUACAUUGAGGCAUCAAAUCCCGCAUUUGCAAUUGGAGAAUAUUGGGAUAGUCUGGCUUAUGAAGGUGGUAAUCUUUGCUAUAAUCAAGAUGCACAUCGUCAGCGCGUGAUUAAUUGGAUCAAUGCCACUGGUGGUACCUCAUCUGCAUUUGAUGUCACAACAAAGGGUAUCCUUCAUUCUGCAUUGCAUAACGAGUAUUGGAGAUUGAUAGAUCCUAGCGGAAAACCAACAGGAGUGAUGGGAUGGUGGCCCUCGCGUGCUGUGACAUUCUUGGAGAACCAUGACACUGGAUCAACACAGGGUCAUUGGCCAUUCCCUAGAGAUAAGCUUAUGCAAGGAUAUGCAUACAUCUUAACCCAUCCUGGGACGCCUGUGGUAUUUUAUGACCAUUUCUAUGAUUUUGGGCUCCAUGAUGUCAUAACGGAACUAAUAGAAGCCCGAAAGCGAGCUGGAAUCCACUGCCGAAGUCCUGUGAAGAUUUACCACGCUAAUAAUGACGGAUAUGUGGCCCAGAUAGGAGAUACGUUAGUAAUGAAGCUUGGGCAUUUUGAUUGGAACCCUUCAAAAGAAAUUGACCUGGAUGGGAAUUGGCACAAGUUUGUGGAUAAAGGCUCAGAUUACCGGCUGUGGCUGAGAAUGUAACUAGUUUCGUCGUUAAUGUGGAUAUUGCAGGAACUUAUAUAAAAUAAUGUCAGAAGAAUUUACAA